AUGCCUUAUUCUCAAAUGUGCUAUCAUCACACCAUUGACGAGCAAAAGCCAGCAUGUAUUGUACACCCACUUUCGGCUUCUGAAACUCGGAAGCCGUCGGUUUCAUUUGACCUCAGCAAUUUACCUGAAAAGUCCACCACCGAACCUAUUGUCUUCACCCAAGAUGGAGCUGAUCAAGAGUCCUCUCCCAUAGACAUCAAUGGCCAAAUUGUUCCGGAUAACAUACUGGUUGCUCUAUUGGACCGUGAUAAUGAAAUGAAGGAGCUAGUAAGCCGCAACAAGGUUUUCUUCAGCAUGUUGGAGUCCCAUCUGCAUAUCUCUUGGCCCGAUUUUCAGAGACUUUUGUUUGCUAGACGUGAACAUGUUCCCGAUGCUGAAUGGAUCCAAGAAAUUUCUGACUAUUUGGAACAUGCCCCAGUCUUGUUCGAAAAAUUCAAGGAAUUAGUAGGGUAUGAAGAAUACUUGUUUGAUUCGGACUCAUACGAAGAAGAUGAUGAAGAAUGGAGUCGACAUGGAUCAUACGACGAAUCAACUUUUGAAAACGUUGACAUCACUUUAAUUCGAAAUUAUCCUUCCAAGCUCACUGCCUUUCAAGAAUCAUACCCCCAGUUUUUCAUCAAUGCCAAGCGCUGUUUCACUCCACCCAGUACCGAAGUCGAGAAACAAGGCAAUUCCACAUUUGAAGAAUUUGAAAAGCUCUUGUUCUGUUCUCGUCGCGAUAUUGAAGAUGAAGAAUGGGAGAAAAGAAUAUACGGUAUGCUGGACAAUUGGCCAAACCUCCUAGCUCAAUUGAAAGAGAUCAUUGCGUACGAAGUUGACUGUGAGGAUGGUGGAAUUGAAGAAGGCUCGUGA